AACAGGUUUACGAAGUCGCAGCUCCUCGAGUGACAUGUCACCGAAAUCGAAAAUCCCGCCACUUAGUUUGAAGUUUAAAUCGUGGCGCCCUCUGCACACGUUCCUUCGUACUCACUCAUCGCUAAUACAGAUGCCUGUUUUACAGUGACAGUCUGUGCAGAAAACAAUCACAACAUGCGUCAAAAAGGACGUUUUCCUCCAUCAUAAAAAUAUCAACAAACUCAGUUGUACAAUAAUAAACUCAACUACGCAAAAAUGGCAUCAAAAGCCCCCGAACCAGACAAAAAAUUCGACGACUUUUACACUGAGGUCAAAGAAAUCGAAAAGCGCGACUCGGUCUUCACACCUAAGCAACAAAUGGACAGAUUAUUGCGUCCAGGAUCAACGUAUUUCAAUUUAAACCCGUUUGAAGUAUUACAAGUGGAACCAGAAACACCCAUUGAGGACAUAAAGAAACAGUAUCGAAAACUCUCGUUUCUGGUACAUCCUGAUAAGAACCAGGAGGACUCAGAACGGGCACAGCAGGCCUUCGAAGCCGUGAGCAAGGCCUGGAAGACACUAGAGAGCGGAGAGACGCGGAAAAAGUGUCUUGAUAUAAUCGAGGAGGCUAAGGGUAGAACAGACAUAAUGCUUGCCGAGAAGCGAAAGAAAUUUAAAAAAGAAGGAAAGGACAGAAUCCCAGAGGAUGAUCCUGAUAAAUACAAACAUGCGGUUUAUGUUCUCACAAUGAAACUGUUUGCAGAUAUGGAAAGGAAACGACGAGAAUUAGCGGAAAGGGAUCAGGAAGAGAGAAAGAGAAAAAGGGAACAGGAAAUUGAGGAAGAGGAAAAUGUGAAAGCGCAGAAGGAGUGGCAGAAGAAUUUUGAGGAAUCGAGACAGAACAGAGUUGAGAGCUGGCAGUCGUUUCAGGCUAAUUCGAAAUCAAAGUCGGCAAAAUCGGGCAAAAAGAUCAAGAUGUUUAAACCUCCGAAAAAUAAGCCCGAGUCGAGAUAAUUUAGUUUUUUUUAGUAUGUGUCUUGUAGAUAUAGUUCAUCUUAUUAUUCUUUUUGUGUUGUGCGAAAACUCUAUGUAUUAAAGUACACGAUAUGUGUAUAUAAAACUACAAAAUGAUCAUAUUUUAUACUAAAAUAUUUUGUAGGAUUUGUUUUAUUUUUGAAAUACACGAAUCUGUAAGAA